GCUUAACCCACCACCUUUGUAUUUGUACAUUGUAUAUAAAUAGUGAUGUGUGUUUUUUUAUUAUUAUUCAAUCACAAAUCCUUUUACUUACUUUCUCAGAAAUUCUAACUAUUAAAAAAAAAUUGGGUCACUAUAAGCAGCCAUCAUGGCUAGAGUGAUGCUAUGGUUUCUUGUUUCCUUGUAUCUAUGCCUCAUUGGUCAUAUGAUUAGCGAGGCUGCAAGAGAAGGUGCCUCCAUGAGGAAUGACGCACACUCCAGUGAGAUAGGAAGAGAAAGUGCGCUCAUGAGGAAUGAUGCACACUCCAGUGAGAUAGGAAAGAAGAGUGUCCGACACGUAUCCGGAUUUAAGGGUGAGCUCACAGCUGGUGGUUAUGGAGGGGGAGGCCCAGGCUACGGUGGUGGAUACGGGCCAGGUGGUGGUGGUGGUGGUGGUGUUAUGAUCGGUGGUGGAUUUGGCGGUGGUGCUGGGUAUGGGUCGGGUGGUGGUUUAGGUUGGGAUGGAGGCAACGGAGGAGGCGGUCAGGGAUACGGGUCAGGUGGUAUCGGAGGUGGAGUCGUCAUUGGCGGUGGAGGUGGUGGGUGUGGCGGUUCAUGCGGUGGUGGCGGAGGAGGAUAUGGACACCACGGAGCCAGCAUGAAGGAAUCAGGCAAAAACUAGAAGAAAACAAAACAUGCAGCUUUCUUUAGGUCGUUUUAGGACGAAGAAUAAGGAUGUACUUUAGCAUCUGACCAUGUUUAACAGUUUGUAGUGGCAUCACUUUAAAUGGAAUAAAGAACCAAAUAGGUUCU